UCAGGGUUUGAUUUCAUUUUUUUCAUUUUAAUUUUGUUAAUGGCGGAUCUCACCAACUUAAAUUAAAUCUUAAUUAUGGGCAUUGAGAAAUCUAAUAAAGCAAGAAAUCGCCGAGCAUUUCAAAAAUGGAGAAAAGAAAAAACAUUAGAAUCUAAACGUGCUGCAAACAAUCAGAAAGCUCCUGAACCUAAAACAUCUGAAAAUAAAACAGCAUCAAUUCCUUCUUUAGGUCAAAGUUUAGCAGAUUUUGUAAAAAAAUCAGAAUCAAAGCAAGCUAAAUUUGUUGAAGUUGAAAAUGAUGAAGAAGAGUUGGGUUAUAAAAAUGUUGUGAAAUUGGAUAACAAGGGUUUCAAAGAUGAAUUUAGAAAAGUGAUUAGUGCUGCUGAUGUAGUUCUAGAAGUAGUUGAUGCACGUGAUCCAUUAGGAACCAGAUGUAAACAAGUAGAAGAAUCGUCACAGGAAUUAGGAAAAAAACUUGUUGUAGUGUUAAAUAAAACAGAUUUAGUACCAGCUGAAGUAGUUCGCAAUUGGCUGUCUUAUUUUAGAGGACGUUUAGGAAUCCCAGCUUUACCAUUUAAAGCUAGUACCCAACAGGCUGGUUCACGUAUUGGUCACAGAAAAAUGAACAAGUGUAAAAAAGAUACAGAAAAAGCUAUUAGCUUGUGUGUUGGUGCAGAAUUAAUUAUGACACUUUUAGCGAACUACUGUCGUAGUGAAAAAAUGAAAACUUCGAUUGUAGUUGGUGUUGUAGGGAUGCCAAAUGUUGGUAAAAGUAGUUUAAUCAACAGUUUGAAAAGAGCAAGAGCAUGUCAAGUUGGAGCUGUUCCUGGAGUUACAAAAAACAUGCAAGAAAUUCAAUUGGAUAAACACAUAAAAUUAUUGGAUUGUCCCGGUGUAGUUCUAGACAAAACUUCUACUACAAAUAGUGUAGCAUUGAAAAAUGUUGUAAGUUCCGGAAAUAUUGAAGAUCCUAUUGCUUGUGCUUCUGUAAUUGUGGGACGUGUUACUAAAGAUCAGAUGCAAAAGUUAUAUGGAAUCGGACAGUAUGAUUCUUGUGAACAUUUCUUAUAUUUGAAAGCUAGAAGAUUUGGUAAUAUUGGUCGUGGUGGUAUUCCUGAUAUAUUUACAUCAGCUCGUAGUUUGGUUGAGGAUUGGAAUAGGGGUAAAAUAAGGUACCAUACACUUCCACCGGAGGAUGAAACAAUGCACUUAAGUGCUAAAAUUGUUAGUGAUGUAACUGAUGUUUUUAAUUUGGACAAUGUGCAGCGAGUUGAAACAGAAUUCAUGGAAGAACUUGCCAAACUUCAGCCAGAAUCUUCAGGUAAAGAAGUAAAAACUGAUUCAAUGGAGGUAGAUGGCAAAACCAUGGUAGUGGUUGAUGAUGGUGUUCAAACCAAAAAAUCAGGAAAACUGCGGUGGAGAAAAAAAAAGAAACCUGAAUCAAUGGAAACAAAAAUUGAUAUCCAACCGGGAGUUAUAAAAUUAAAAAAAUUACAAAAGUUCAAUGCUAAAAAACAACGUAAGACUGCAGCAAGAUUGAUAAAAUGUCAAAAUCUAUUGGAUAAUUUUGAUUUACUAUAGAAUGUAUUUUAAAAUAUUAAAAAAUAUAUUCCUAUAUUUUAGUU